CACACAGGCCUGGAGAGGCUGUAGCAGCGAGCCCACCGCACUCCGCGCAAAUCUCGCGAGAGCGGCCCCUCACGGCGGUGCCUGGGCGAUGCGAUGCUGUUGCUGUUGCUGUGGGUUUGAUUGACAGGAAACAUGUCGGUGUGGUGGGAGCGAACCGGGAUGCAGCUGCUGCCAAGGGAGACAGGGAGUACCUGCAUCCAGUCCACACAUCAGCACCUUUAAAACCAGCAGGCUUCCCCUCCUCGAUACGGCUCAACUGCUUCUCUCUCCUGCUUCUUCUUUUUUUUUUUUUUGAAACAUCCAUUUGAAAACGAAGGGGGCACCCAAUGGAUGCUGUGGCAAACCGUGUAGUCCCGCUCGGUAUCUUCAUAUUGUGUUUGAUUUAGCCUGCAACACCUUGAUGAAGCAGCAGGAACUACGAGGACUGUUGUUGCAAUGGAGUCGACUCUCUCACGGCUCAAACCGCGUCUGUAAACCUACAAUCUGUUUCAUGGCGUUUUGCAGGUUGCUCUGCUCCGUGGGCUUCUCCACGUUUCUUUUCUGAAUUAUUAUUUUUUCUUUUUUUCUUUUUCUUUUUUUUUUUAAGUGCAAAAGGGGAAAAAUAACGACCACUGCUCCGCAAAACUAUGAACGAGGAGAUGACAAAAAGCGAGGAGCAGCAUCUUAGUUUGCAGAAAGCCUUGCAGCAGUGCGAGUUGGUGCAAAAUAUGAUAGACAUAAGCAUUUCUAGUUUGGAGGGUUUACGGACCAAAUGUGCCACAUCCAACGACUUGACACAAAAAGAGAUACGAACGCUGGAGGGGAAGUUGGUGAAGUACUUCAGCCGCCAGCUGUCCUGUAAGUGCAAAGUGGCCUUAGAGGAGCGAAGUGUCGAGCUGGAGGACUUCCCUCGCCUCGGACACUGGUUCCGCAUCGUCAACUUGAGGAAGGAGGUCACACAGGAGAUGAGCCCAGGUGAGGUGACCCUGGAGGGCCUGCUGGAGCUGAGUGAGGAGCAGGUGUGUGAGCUGCUGCAGAAGUUCGGUGCCAACGAAGAGGAGUGCGCCCGACUCAACGCCUCGCUCUCCUGCCUCAGAAAGGCCCACCAGCUCGAACAACUUGAGGAGGAUAAAUUGCACAGUAAUGGAGGGAGCCAGGCGAAGCAGGACUGGUCCAUCCAGUGGCCCACCUCUGAAUCGGGCAAAGAAAACACUCCGGUGUGCCAGCCAGAGGUCAGCCAGUGGAUCCGGUACCAGCUCUCCCAAAGCCCCAAAGUCCAGUCCAAGUACAACCAGCACAUGUGCCACAGCCCCCAGGCCCUGGCCCCCCCUUUAUAUGCCGAUCGACUGACCGUCGACAGCCCGGCCACAGGGCUCUUCCCUCCUUUGGACUUUGGUCACCGCUCGCUGCCCCCGUCACCCCGCCAGAGGCAUUUUGGCCACACACCUCCUCGGACUCCCUUGGUGGUCAACACCAUGACCCCGCCUGGCACCCCCCCCAUGAGGCGAAGGAACAAAGUGAAGGCCCCGGGCACGCCACCCCCGCCAAGCCGCAAGCUCAUCCAUCUGCUGCCGGGCUUCACCGCGCUGCACCGCAGCAAAUCCCACGAGUUCCAGCUGGGGAACCGCUUGGAGGACACACAGACACCAAAAGCCAAGAAGAAGACCAAGCCCUUGAACCUUAAGAUCCACAGCAGCGUGGGCAGCUGUGAGAAUCUGCCCACGCAGCGCUCGCCCCUCCACACCGAACGAUCUCUGCGAUCCUUCUUCUUCCCCUCCUUCAUCCCUUCCACACCUCCCGUCCAUGCUGAAACACCCUCUGCAAACACUCUCUCAGUGCCUCGCUGGUCCCCACAGAUUCCCCGAAGAGAUCUGGGAAACUCAAUAAAACACAGGUUUUCUACAAAGUAUUGGAUGUCCCAGACAUGCAUAGUAUGUGGAAAGGGAAUGUUGUUUGGACUGAAAUGUAAAAACUGCAAGCUGAAGUGCCACAACAAAUGCACCAAAGAAGCCCCACCUUGCCAUUUAUUGAUCAUACAGCGAGGCGGACGAGAAUCCCUCAAAGAUCACCAAGGAACAACUCAAGUAGCUCGUCUGGUACGGACCGAAUCAGUGCCAUGUGACAUCAACAACCCGCUCAGGUACACAGACCUGCACAUCAGUCAGACGCUUCCCAAAACCAACAAAAUCAACAAGGAUCACAUCCCGGUCCCGUACCAACCGGACUCCAGCAGUAACCCCUCAUCCACCACCUCCUCCACCCCGUCCUCCCCGGCUCCUCCUCUGCCCAGCAGUGCCACUCCUCCCUCGCCCCUUCACCCCUCCCCACAGUCUGCACGGCAACAGAAACAGUUCAACCUGACAGCCUCCAGUUAUUUCAAAUACAAACAGCAGUUCAUCUUUCCAGAUGUUGCUCCAGAAGCUCCUCCAAGCCGAGCGCCGCAGGUCAUCCUGCACCCUGUCCUGUCUGAACCAGGGAAUGAAGGCAACCCUUUACUUCAAAUCGAAGUUGAACCUACAUCAGACAACGAGGAGGGCAACGACGAGGACUCCGGCGACGAGUUCGAGGAGAUGAACCUGUCGCUCCUGUCGGCUCGCAACUUCCCGCGCAAGCACAGCCAGACCAGCAUCUUCCUGCAGGAGUGGGACAUCCCGUUUGAGCAGCUGGAGAUCGGGGAGAUGAUCGGCAAGGGGCGCUUCGGCAAAGUUUUCCACGGGCGCUGGCACGGCGAGGUGGCCAUCCGCUUGAUCGACAUCGAGCGCGACAACGAGGACCAGCUCAAGGCCUUCAAGCGUGAGGUGAUGGCCUACCGAAACACUCGCCACGAGAACGUGGUGCUGUUUAUGGGGGCCUGCAUGAGCCCACCGCACCUGGCAAUCAUCACCAGCUUGUGUAAAGGCAGGACACUUUAUUCCGUGGUGCGAGAUGCCAAGGUAGUCCUGGACGUUAACAAGACCAGACAGAUAGCACAAGAGAUGGUCAAGGGGAUGGGCUACCUCCACGCUAAGGGGAUCUUACACAAAGACAUGAAGUCCAAAAAUGUGUUUUAUGACAACGGCAAAAUCGUCAUCACCGACUUUGGACUCUUCACCAUAUCUGGGGUUUUGCAGGCUGGCAGCCGGAGAGAAGACAAACUGAGGAUCCCCAACGGCUGGCUGUGUCACCUGGCCCCAGAAAUAAUCCAGCAGCUCUCUCCAGACACAGAGGAGGACAAGCUUCCUUUCUCCAAACAGUCAGAUGUCUUUGCUUUCGGCACCAUCUGGUACGAGUUACACGCACGUGAGUGGCCUUACAAGAGUCAGCCAGCAGAGGUGAUCAUAUGGCAGAUUGGCAGCGGGAUGAAGCCGAACCUCGCGCAAACUGGCAUGGGGAAGGAGAUAUCAGACAUUCUGCUGCUGUGCUGGGCGUUCAAGCAGGAAGAGCGGCCCAGCUUCUCCAAGCUGGUAGAUUUACUGGAAAAGUUGCCAAAACGGAACCGUCGCCUUUCCCACCCAGGGCACUUCUGGAAGUCAGCUGAGUAUGUCAAAUGAGUUAGGGACACAAAACAGCAAACAAUCAGCAACUAUUUAAAAAAAAAAAACAACAACAAAAAAAACAGCCGCCAUAACUCUACAUAAAUAACCCACCUCCUUAAAGAAUGCACUGAAUCCAAAAGCCAGCCCAGUGAUGAAAACUGCCCGCGCUGUGUGUAUUUUCAUGGAAUGUUGGCAUGUGUGUGUACAGAUAAGUUGACUGUCCAGCUUCUCAAAGCAGUCGGGACUCAUAUUUUCUUUGGUUUGAUUUGAACCAUACUGGAUAUUUUUCCUUUUUAUCUUUUUUUUUUGUUUUUUUUGUCUUUUACUAUUGACUCGAUCCCUUUUCUUCAUAAUAUUUGAUUUAUUUCCUGGAUGUAUCUUGCUUGUAUCUUUCGACUGAUCACAUCAUCUUGGAUUUAAAAAAAAAAAAAAAGAAAGAAAAAAAAAGAACAAAUGUCAAUUAUUUUUCCUCAUGUCUUCUUCUUCUUUUCUCGUAUGAAUGAAUGUAACUGUCACACAUUGUAUAUUUUCAUAGCAUUGUCUUUGCCAUUCCUUAUGUCUGUCAACUGUGUAGACCAUUGUGUCAGUUUUUACCUCAUGGUCUCUCAUGUGUGGAUGUCUGUACAGGUUACAUGUUUGUCUCAAAAAGCUUUAUUUAA